AUGAAGGGUUUAAUUCUUGUCGGAGGUUACGGUACUAGGUUAAGACCCUUGACGUUGACGGUUCCAAAGCCGCUCGUGGAGUUCGGUAACAGGCCUAUGAUUUUGCAUCAAAUCGAAGCUUUGGCUGCUGCAGGUGUCACUGACAUUGUUCUAGCUGUUAACUACAGACCGGAGGUUAUGGUCGAGACGCUGAAGAAGUAUGAGAAGGAAUACGGUGUGUCUAUUACUUUUUCCGUCGAGACUGAGCCAUUAGGAACGGCCGGCCCCUUGAAGUUGGCAGAGAAAGUCUUGAAAAAAGACAACUCACCCUUCUUCGUUCUAAACUCGGACGUGAUCUGCGAUUAUCCAUUCAAGGAGUUGGCAGACUUCCACCGUGCACAUGGUGGUAAGGGAACUAUUGUUGCCACAAAGGUUGAUGAACCUUCCAAGUACGGUGUCAUCGUGCACGACAUCGUCACGCCGAACUUAAUUGAUAGAUUCGUUGAGAAGCCUGUCGAGUUCGUUGGUAACCGUAUCAACGCUGGUUUGUACAUCUUGAACCCUGAGGUUAUUGACUUGAUUGAGUUGAGACCAACUUCCAUUGAAAAAGAGACCUUCCCAAUCUUGGUCGAGCAAAAAUCUCUAUUUUCCUUUGACUUGGAAGGUUACUGGAUGGACGUUGGUCAGCCUAAGGACUUUUUGGCAGGUUCUGCAUUGUACUUGAACUCUUUGGCCAAAAGGAACUCUACCCUACUUGCUAAGGGCGAUAACAUUGUUGGAAAUGUUAUUGCCGACCCUUCCGCAACGAUCUCUCCUACUGCCAAGGUAGGCCCAGAUGUUGUUAUCGGACCUAACUGUACUAUUGGUGAUGGUGUUCGUAUUACAGGUUCCGUUGUUUUGUCCAACUCCACAAUUAAGGACCAUUCCUUGGUUAAGUCUACUAUUGUAGGUUGGAACUCUACCAUCGGUAAAUGGUGUCGUUUGGAGGGUGUUUCUGUAUUGGGUGAUGAUGUCGAAGUGAAGGACGAAAUUUAUGUUAAUGGAGGUAAGGUUUUGCCUCACAAGGCCAUUUCCUCUAAUGUUCCAAAGGAGGCUAUUAUUUUGUGA